AUUGGCUGCAAAACUUUCUAAUGCUGACCGGCUCCAUUGUUUCUGUGCAUGGAGCCGAGCCUGCCCGACUGCCUUCCUUCUUCUUCUUCUUCAUCGUUUUCUUCCCUCACACUGGUUCCUCUGUUUUUCUCUCCGACUUUGCUGUUCCGUUGAGUCUCUCCAUCGGUUGUGUGGCUCAUGAAGAGGCUAAUAUUAUUGGUACUCUUGGUUCUAAACCAUGGUGUCAAUGGUAGUGAAGGAAGGGCAGAGAGUGGGCACUCUGAUCUGGCGCAGAAAUCAGAUGGCUUUCAGUGUGAAGACAACAGGGUAUUGAGACCGAGGCCGCACAGUGUGUCAAUUUCAGACUUUGGAGCCGUUGGCGAUGGGGUCACCUUGAAUACAUUGGCUUUCCAAAAUGCCAUAUUCUAUCUCAAGUCUUUUGCUGAUAAGGGUGGCGCGCAGCUAUACGUGCCUGCAGGAAAAUGGUUGACAGGGAGCUUCAAUCUCACUAGCCACCUUACACUAUUCUUGAACAAAAAUGCUAUCAUUCUCGGAUCAGAGGAAGAAUCUCAUUGGCCCGUCCUUGAUCCCUUGCCUACAUAUGGUCGAGGAUUGGAUGUCGCUGGAAGAAGGCACAGCAGCUUGAUUAAUGGAUACAAACUGACGGAUGUCGUUAUCACAGGGGACAAUGGCACUAUUGAUGGGCAAGGUGCUGUAUGGUGGAAAUCUUUCCGCUCUCAUUCAUUGAAUUAUAGCCGUCCUCACCUUGUCGAGCUUGUCAGUUGCGAUGAUGUUGUUGUCUCAAACCUGACAUUCAUAAACUCCCCAGCUUGGAGCAUCCAUCCAGUCUACUGCAGCAAUGUUCAGGUCCACAAUGUGACGCUACAUGCUCCCCCAGAUUCACCUUAUACAGAUGGUAUUGUCCCAGAUUCUUGUAUGAAUAUGUGCAUUGAAGACAGUGUCAUCAAUGUUGGUCAUGAUGCAAUCGUUCUUAAGAGUGGAUGGGAUGAGUAUGGUAUUUCUUAUGGAAAGCCCACUUCAGAAAUUCACAUUCGACGUGUUCUCCUACAAUCUUCUCUUGCAUCAGCAUUUGCCCUUGGGAGUGAGAUGUCAGGUGGCAUUGAUCACAUAAGAUUGGAGAAGGCUCAGAUCCAUGAUUCACAUACUGGUAUCAAGAUUAAGACAACCCAAGGUAGAGGUGGAUACAUUAAGGACAUAUUUAUAUCUGACAUUUUAAUGGAUAAUGUGGAAACUGCGUUUGAGUUUACUGGCCACUGUGGUACCCACCCAGAUGAACACUAUGAUCCAUCAGCCUUUCCAAUAGUUGGUCAAAUCACUGUGAUGGAUGUUGUUGGGACUAAGAUUGGAUCGGCUGGUAAAUUUGAUGGACUUCAGCAAGCGCCAUUCACUUCAAUCUGCCUUUCCAAUAUCCAUCUUGACAUUAUUUCUGGCAUUUCUGUCCCAUGGUCUUGUUCCAACGUGACAGGCUUCUCAGACUGUGUCUUUCCUGAACCAUGUCCAGCCCUACAAAAUAAGCUUUCCAACUCAUCUCUCUGUUAUUCUUUGCCAAGCAUUUAUGGGUACUCAUAUUCUUCGUAACCCCUUUCCUUCUACCAUUCAACAACGCUUGAGCUAUCUGUAUCAUGAGUCCCCUCCAUUAGAUCUCAGUCUUUCUUUUUUUAUUCUCUUUUUUGUGCAUGCAAUUUUUUCUCAUGUUGGCAAUAAGAAAUCUUCCAUCCUUCUUCUGCUCCUGUUAAUGUUCCCGUCUCUCUCUUUCCCUCUCUGUCUCUCUGUCUCUCUCUGUCUCUCUCUCUGGCAUAUCUGUCUCAAAUGCCAUGUUGGUAUGCCCAUGGCAUUACUUGUUGAGGACAAAGAUGAGGUGUCAAAGACUGUAGUGGUUUAUGCCAGCAGAUUUCCAGCUGGCUAUGUGUCUAUUGUACAGCUACAUUAUUUUGAUUCAUCUGUAAGGAAAAUUUUUUGUUA